UGCAGAUGUAUGUAUGUACAAACAUAAAUACAUCAACAUUUUUUAAACAAAUGAAAUGUUGUUUAGAAUCGCGUAGCGGAACUUCUUUGCAUAUAAAAGCCCAUCAAAACAAAAAAGCAGUUCUAAAUGGAUUCUAGUCACCAAAUAAAUGUACCUUUGCGAUCCGGUGGCAAAAAAAUUAAAAAACGGAGGGAGCUUGAUGCGCUUAUAGCACAUUCCUUUGGGAAAAAACAAACUAUCCGACGUAAUAAUUUAAAUAGGCUCUCGCAAGAUAAAUUAUUAUCUGCAUCAACUGAUGAUGCUGAGGACUAUACUUGGAUACAACUGCACAGACCCAAAAACGCUAGGAGUGCAAACCGUUGUCAGAAUCGUAAAAGUAUGAUCUGCAAGCGCUUGCUAAUGUUCAUAGCAAGUAUCUUGUUAAUAGGACUUCUUUAUUGGAUGUAUUUGGAUUUACGACAAGAAAUAUAUGAUUAUAGACAAAAACUUGAAGAAGUUGCUCGCAUGAAUCAGGAUUUGCCAGAUACUCUUCAGAAAUGGCACGAAUUAUCCACUUUAUUGGAAAGAAAUCAGACAGCGGCUACUAUUCGACUAUAUGAAUUGGAAAAAAGAGUAGAAAAGUUGCGAACUAAUUUCAUAAAAUAUAGAGCAUUCGCAGAUACUCAGCAAAAUUAUGCCAAGGAAGAAAAAAUAGUGGCAGACUUCGGAGCGAAAAUUGAAGCGAUAGUGACUGACAUGGAAAAAUUUAAAGAUCACUAUUCCGACAUAGUUAACAAACAAUCAAGAAUGCAAACGGAUCUAAAUGACCUUAAUAUAAAAAAUAUGGAGGAA